GCCUCCCUGCUUUUCAAAGACUUCGAAUUCAUUGCUAUAUGUGGCCCACCGAAUUGUAUGUCCUGUUCUAUCAACACUUAAAAAAUGGCAUCAACAAUGGAAGCAGCAGAUAUCGUUGUUGUUGCCAUGUACUUCAUUCUUGUCUUGUGCUUUGGCUUUUUUGCAAUGUGGAAGGCGAAUCGAGGUACUGUGAGCGGAUACUUCCUGGCCGGUCGUUCAAUGAACUGGAUGGUGAUCGGUGCAUCGCUGUUCGUGAGUAACAUCGGCAGCGAGCACUUCAUCGGCCUCGCUGGCUCAGGUGCAGCAAGCGGUUUCGCCGUAGGUGCAUGGGAGUUCAAUGCAAUUCUACUGCUGCAGCUCCUGGGCUGGGUCUUCAUACCUGUUUACAUCCACUCAGGUGUGUACACCAUGCCAGAGUACCUCUAUAAAAGAUUCGGUGGUAAGCGGCUGAAGGUUUUCUUCGCAUCCCUAACUCUGCUCCUCUACAUUUUCACCAAGCUCUCAGUGGAUCUUUAUUCCGGAGCACUCUUUAUCCAGGAAUCUCUGGGCUGGAACCUGUACGUAUCCAUAAUCUUGCUCAUCGCCAUGACUGCCCUUCUCACAGUCACAGGCGGCCUGGUGGCGGUCAUUUACACAGACACUCUGCAGGCAUUCCUCAUGAUAUCGGGAGCACUGUGCCUGAUGGCUAUCAGUUUAGUCAAGGUAGGAGGUCUUGAGGGUUUGCGCACCAAGUACAUGAAUGCCUUUCCCAACAUCACUGCUAUUGAGCUAGAGAAUAACAUCACAUACUCAAAUUCCUGCCAUGUGCAUCCUAAGCAAGAUUCAUUCAAGAUCUUAAGAGGUCCGUUGGACAAAGACCUGCCGUGGCCUGCUUUUCUUCUAGGCCAGACUCCAGCCUCGAUCUGGUACUGGUGCGCUGAUCAGGUCAUAGUCCAGAGAGUCCUGGCAGCCCGAAAUAUUGCUCACGCCAAAGGGUCAACCCUGAUGGCGGGCUUCCUAAAAGUCUUACCAAUGUUUAUCAUUGUGAUUCCAGGAAUGAUUUCGCGUGUGCUCUUUGUUGAUGAACUUGCUUGCAUUAGUCCAGAGCACUGCAUGCAAGUCUGCAACAGCAAAGCUGGUUGCACUAACAUCGCCUAUCCUCGCCUCGUCAUGAACGUCAUGCCUGUAGGUCUACGAGGGCUGAUGAUGGCGGUGAUGCUCGCUGCUCUCAUGAGCGACCUAGACUCAAUCUUUAACAGUGCCAGUACUAUCUUCACCCUUGAUAUCUAUAAGAUGAUACGUUACCAGGCUUCCUCCAAAGAGCUCAUGGUGGUGGGACGCAUGUUUGUGAUCCUCAUAGUGGCCAUUAGCAUAGCUUGGGUGCCAUUCGUCGUUGAGAUGCAAGGUGGUCAGAUGUUCCUCUAUAUUCAGGAGGUGUCUGAUUACCUUACGCCACCCAUUGCUGCACUGUUCCUGCUUGGCAUUCUCUGGAAACGUUGCAAUGAGACCGGUGCAUUCUGGGGUGGCAUUGUGGGCUUCUUGCUAGGAGCCGUAAGACUCAUUCUUGCCUUUGUUUAUAGAGAGCCGGACUGUGACACAACUGAUGACCGCCCUGCUUUCAUCAAGGAUGUUCAUUUCAUGUAUGUGGCGGCUGUGUUGUUUUGGGUUUCAGGGCUUGUGACUGUAGUCGUCAGUCUUUGCACAGAUCCACCAAGCAAAGAACAGAUUGCUAUGACUACUUUGUGGGGACUGCGCAACAGGAAUCAACCCGAGAACAACAAAAUUCAUCAGCUUUCUGUAAAAACAAAAAAAGAGAAGUCAGUGGAUGAAGUGGAAAUUAAACCAUCAUCUCAGGUUAUUCAAACAGGGCCUGAAAUACCUCCAAAUGGCCACUUGGAGUCUCAACAUACCCACAAACACCAGGGCAUUGAUCAUGUAGGCAGUGAUAAGAGACAGUGCGUGAAAUGUUUUGAGUGGUUUUGUGGUUAUAAUAAAAAUUCUGAGGAAGAGGAACCAGAUUCACCUUUUGGAGAUGACAACGGGAAUGUUACUGAAAUGCUCAAAGAACCUCCAAAAACCAAAAUUAUCCUCAACCUCGGUCUCUUGUUAGUGUGCACACUUGGAAUUUUCUUGUUUGUGUACUUCUCUUUGUAA